CAGUUUAGGCUCGCGCCGGCAGCUAUGGCGCCCAUUCUAGGCCACCACAUUUGAGCAGAGCGAUGACGGAUCGAAGCAAGCAUGCGUCAGGACUGGUGGGCCUAGCCAGCGCCGAACGCGGAUCGCUCAAGCUCACUUUCAUCGGCGACUUGGAAGACACGCGACGCCACUAAAGGAUCAGCCUCAUGGCUACGUCCAGCAAGUACAAGGUUUUCGUGAGCAGGACCGACAUACCAGCCAAGGCCAUAGAGCUCCUGGAGACGAAGUGCGUCGUGACCAGCGCGCCUUGCACACCGACCAACUGGCUCGAGCUAUGGGACAAGUACGUGCACGGGAUGGACGCGCUCUUUAUCCAGCCCUACGAAAAGAUCAACGUGAAGACACUCGACAUGGUCGGCUCCCGUCUGCGAGUGGUGGCCACCAUGUCAGUGCACCACGGCAACAUCGACCUAGAAGAGUGCCGCAGACGCGGCAUCCACGUCGGGAACACGUCGCACGUGCAAAGCGACGCCGUAGCCGAAGUCGCCCUGGCGCUCACGAUUAUGGCGUCAAGAAGGAUCGCCGAGGGCUUCGACGCAAUAAGGGCGGGGAACUGGACUCCAACCACCAACCUGUCCUGGCUGGUCGGACCUGAGCUCGUGGGCAAGGUUGUCGGCAUCAUUGGCCUGGGAGACAUCGGAAUGGAAAUUGUCAACCGGCUGAGGGCGUUCAAAGUACGAAGCUUCUUGUACCACAAUAGGCGCCCCAGAAUGGACCCGCUGACGCACGACAUCCAGUACACCACGCUGAAGCAUCUGCUGUGCAACAGCGACAUCGUGAUCGUGUGCUGCCCACUUAACGAGGAGUCGCAGCAGAUGUUCAACGACAAGACCUUCCACCUGAUGAAGCACACGGCUGUCUUCGUCAACAUCAGCAGGCGAGAAGUGGUGAACGAGGAAGCGCUCUGCAAUGCUCUCAAGUCCGGUGUGAUCGCCUCCGCGGCGCUCGACGCUGAAGGCGACACACCUAUGGCCAAAGACAACCCACUCCUCAAGCUCUCCAACUGUAUCGUCACUCCCAACAUGGCCUCGGAUGGCAGGGACGCCAAGGUCAAGACUGCGCUAGUGUGCGCCGAGAACAUCCUGGCAGCACUUGAGGACAAGUACCACGCCGCUGCCAACCUCCUGUGCUGACAGCCGGGAGACCUCAGUUCCUUCACAAGUGCCGUCUCAGUGACCGCGAGCGCUGGGACAAUUGGGGAUCACGUUAAAGAACAGAAAUUAAA